CCCGGCAGCGACAGAUUCAUAUUCCUGUUGACUACACGUGCUAGCGGUCUGGGUAAUCAACCUCACCACCGUUGACAGCGCCAUUUUAUAUGAUAGCGAUUAGUUUGUUAUCUAUCUUUGUAUCCCUCCGAUUCGCUCAUCCAUUUGCAGGAAUCUCCCGGCCCAUUUACAAGCUAUGGAUCAAGCACAUCAUAUUGCCCGCUAAGCAAGUCUACGUUUUCCGCUUCAUCACCAAUAACAGUGUCGAGGAGCGCAUGCUUGAGUGUGCUGUGCAGAAACUCCGGCUCGACCAGCUAGUUAUCCAACAAGGUCGCCAACAACAAGCAAAAGCAGGGACGAGCUGCUCGAAAUGAUCACACACGGCGCUGAGAAACUCAUCAAUUCGACCGGUGCGUGAGGUACUCGGCAUUACACAAGUUUUAAAUUUCUUGAUCACUGCC